GGGAUGUGGGCGGCUCUUGAUUCCCGGGGGAGAGAUGAGCAGCUCUUGCAAGGUUGAACCGCAGCCCAUAAAUAGCUGCGAAGGAGCGGGUACCUGCCGAGACCCUCCCCGCGCUUCUCUCCCGGCGCCCCAAGCACACCUGCCCAAGCACUCCUUCCGAGACAUGCAGUGACGAGUCCCCGAGGGAGAUCCGACAGCCCCCGACCUACGAUCGAGCUCAGCUCCUUGAAUAUCAGAGCGGCAUCCCUUGGCCCUCCAAGAUGCAGAGGUGCGCUGGUCUCCUGCUUGUUUCGUUCCUCUUCUGUGCCGCCCUCUCAGAGACGGUCGGACUGGUUUUGUCCGCUAAAGAGAAAAGGGGCUGGACUAUGAAUAGUGCUGGUUAUCUGCUUGGCCCACGUCGUAUUCAACAGCUGCUCAAGGAAAUGCCCAGUACAAGGGGGAGAGAAGUGCUACCUGGGGAAUAUGCAAUAGACAGAGUUUUUAAUGACAAGCAUGGUCUAGCUGGUAAACGUGACAUAGAGCCUGAAGAAAAUAUAAAAGCAGAUACUUUUGGAAGAACACAGACAGAUGACAAUGUUGUGCGUACAGUUAUUGAAUUUUUGACCUACUUACAUCUUAAAGAAACUGGUGCUCUUGACAAUAUAUCUACAACAGUUUCUUCAGAAGAAACAAAUAAGUCUUGAAAGAGAAUGUAUUUAUACUCUGUUAUGAAUUAAGAUAAUCUAACUGGAACUUUGAACAAAACCAAAUGUUGUCUUUUGUUUACAUUGAUCUUCUACACAGUUACUCAUGAUAAACCUCUUUUUGUCUUUUCUUUCUUCUGUGAUGUCAUAUUGUAAAACAGUUAUUUGACAAUUAUUUGACUUUGGAUAAAUUACAAAAUAAAAAACAAU